AUGGUAGAAGUUGCUGUGGUCGUGGAAGGAGUCGUGCUUGCGGUAGCAGUCACCGUCACAGUCGAUGUUACAGUUACGACUACAGAAGGGCUCAUGGGUGGUGUUGAGGAUGUGGUGGUGCUUGUCGUCGUAGCCGCAGUCGUGGUCACUGGAGUAGUAGUCUGUGUAGAGAGUAGUAGUUGGACAGGUCUCGUGGUCAGUACUAGUAGUAGUAGUGAGGUUGGUCGUGCUAUACUAGUAGUAGUUGGAGUAGUGGCUGCAGGUGUGGUCGUGGUUGUACUAGUAGUAGUUGGAGAAGUGGCUGCAGGUGUGGUCGUGGUUGUACUAGUAGUAGUUGGAGUAGUGGCUGCAGGUGUGGUCGUGGUUGUACUAGUAGUAGUUGGAGUAGUGGCUGCAGGUGUGGUCAUGGUUGUACUAGUAGUAGUUGGAGUAGUGGCUGCAGGUGUGGUCGUGGUUGUACUAGUAGUAGUUGGAGAAGUGGUUGCAGGUGUGGUCAUGGUUGUACUAGUAGUAGUUGGAGUAGUGGCUGCAGGUGUGGUCGUGGUUGUACUAGUAGUAGUUGGAGAAGUGGUUGCAGGUGUGGUCAUGGUUGUACUAGUAGUAGUUGGAGUAGUGGCUGCAGGUGUGGUCGUGGUUGUACUAGUAGUAGUUGGAGAAGUGGUUGCAGGUGUGGUCGUGGUUGUACUAGUAGUAGUUGGAGUAGUGGCUGCAGGUGUGGUCGUGGUUGUACUAGUAGUAGUUGGAGAAGUGGUUGCAGGUGUGGUCGUGGUUGUACUAGUAGUAGUUGGAGAAGUGGCUGCAGGUGUGGUCGUGGUUACACUAGUAGUAGUCGUAGCGGUAGUCGUGGUUGAGGUCGACGUGCCCGUCGCGACACAGGCAGCGGCGCUGAAGGGUAAGGCCGUGGGCACGCACCCAGCCAGGGAGAUCGUGAAAGUGUCAGUCGGGUGGCUGACGGUGGCAGUGACCAUGAUCUCCCAUGCUGUCUUGGUUACCACCGUCAGUAAGCCAACCGGUGGCAGAAACUCGAGGAUACGUUCUGGAUUAAUGGAAAGACAAGAGGGAAUUAAAUGUUUGCAGCGUAUUACAUACAAUAACUCGUGUCAGAUGGGAAAGGUUUAA